GGAGCGGAGGUUUAUACGCAGUGGGCAGAUUGGAGUGCUCCCAUUUAUGAGCAUCAACACCCUUUCAGGAUUCGAUGUGGAGCGGUCAGUGUUGGAUGACUGGGAAUCGCUGAUAUAUCUCAUAUGCUGGUUCGCCACCAUCGGAAUCUGCAGAGAGAAAGCUGACAGGCGAUCGUUGGAAGAGCUUGAGGACCUAGAAGUCAGACAAUGGAGAAGGGGAUCGGCUAAGGAAGUAUCAAAAGUAAAGGUGAAACAUCUCAGCGAACUCAAAGAUUUUGGGUAUUAUAUCCUGGACUACUUCCACUCCGACAAUGACAUUGAGACACUCCAAGAUCUAACCGAGGACCUUUACAAGGCUCUGUUCCAAAAUCCGUAUCUGCGAAAGGACACUCGGUGCGAUGGCAGCCGCUAUAAAGGCACCAUACCAGUUAGGAUCAGAGGUGAGGAGAAGAAAUCGGAUCCAUUCAAGGAGCGGUUAACCAAAAAGAGCGAAAUCGCCGCAGCCCUACUUGAGACGAUGACACAAGCAUGGAAGGAUUCGAUGAGCACCAUUCGCAACCAGCGCAAACCAUCACCAUAGUAUUUUUUCUGCUGUACACUAUGCGUC